AUGCUGCUGAAUAUCAUCCUAUAUGCCCUGUUAGGGACAUCGUUUGUCCUUGGGGUUGUAGAGCUGGGUCUUUCGGCCUUUGUGGUCUCGGCUUUUGAUAAUACCACUCAAGAACAUGAUACUUGGGGAGGUUAUGUUGAUGUCAAGGUGAAAGCCCCAGCCAUCGUCGACUUCAUUGUUUUCUCUUCACUUUGGACGAUGCUCAUCACCGUUGCUGCGCUGGUGGUGCCUUGGUUCUACACCCGUAAAGGCUCGGUGACCCCAAAGCUGAACACAGUUCUCGCUGCCUCUUUCGUGGCCACUUACUUUGUGACCAUGGUAUUCUGGUUGGCAGCGUUUGCCGACCUGGCUACCUACCUUGACUAUGUUUCCAACGAUUAUUAUAAUGCGAUGAUUGCCUUUGCCGUGCUGCUCUGGCUUCUUUUUGUCGCCCUUCUCGUCUUCACAAUUCUUGCCAUGUGUGGUGUCAUGGCAUCCAACUGGGCUGGAUAUCAGCCUGUGAGAAAGAACAAGUCAAACGCACCAACUGAGCCAGUCAAUGAUCUGUCCAUGACCGAGCAAUCAAUCGCCUAG